AUAACUCACCCUGCUCGCCAGCCUUUUGUCCUCCAUCCAGUUUCCCCUGCCCCCGGCUGGCCGGCAUACUAGAUACUACCCUCUGUCGGUGUCUUGGUUCCCCGUCCUAUCGCGUGCGCUCUGUGGACCGUGGUGGCGACUACUGGGUGGCCGCCGCCACCCCCGCUCGGCCGCCCUACGCCAGGUGCUCACCGUCUUCGGGACCUUCGCCGGCAACGAACACUCACCAGUUGUAAUGAUUGGUGUAACGUAUACCGGAAAUCUGUCCCUUUUUUCAGGGAGGAUGUUGCCCUUGUUUAGACACUGCUGUGCCUUUGGAAGUCAUCAUCCUCAUCCCUUAAUUUGGAGGAACAUCUUCCAAACAUCGCGAAGAGAACAAAAACAAAUCAGGAGUUGGGAUGCACAGUGCUCAGCAAAUCAGGAUCAAGCUUCUAUAGAGAAAUGCAAUGCUCCAAAGAAUUUACCAAUACCUGAUAAUUCACUUCUCGAUGCUCGUAUUCUCUAUUGUACCUCUCCUGCCCUGGGUCAUAACAAAGAAGCACACCCAGAAUCGAACAAAAGAGUUCCUGUGAUAGUUGAUACUCUUGAGAAAUUGGAGCUUAGUCCCAAGCAUCGUGGUUCACAGGUUCUUGAAAUUCAAAAUUUCAACCCUGCUUCUCUAGAUGAUGUUGCACGAGUUCAUUCAAGAUCUUACAUCACUGGACUAGAAAAGGCUAUGGGCAGAGCUUCAGAUGAAGGUCUGAUAUUGAUUGAAGGGACAGGACCAACAUACGCUACAGAAACUGAGAGGAGGACUGGGAAAAGGAUUGGGACUGGAGUCAGGCGUAAUGGGUUGUGGUUCAUCAGUCAUGAGGAGUCAGCAUUGAAAGCAAUUGUUGAAGUGGAUGUGAAGGAGAUUUUGCUACAUCAUCGUCGGUUAGGACAUAUAUCUUUUGAGAGCUUAAGUAGGUUGCACCCCAGGAUGUUUAAGGGAGUGGACAAAAGUCAGCUUGUAUGUGAUGCAUGUGAACUUGGCAAGCAUACUAGAUCUAUCUAUCCUAGUAUUGGUCUACGCAAUUGUGAACCGUUUAUUCUAAUACACUCGGAUGUUUGGGGUCCUUGUUCAGUCACUUCUGUGAAUGGUGCAAAGUGGUUCGUUAAUUUUAUUGACUGUUACACUCGUAUGACUUGGAUCUAUAUACUUAAGCAUAAAAGCGAGGUGUUAAAGUGCUUUCAAGACUUCCAUAAAUUGGUGGCAAAUCAAUUUAAUGCAAAGAUUCGGGUUAUCAGGACCGAUAAUGGAACAGAGUAUGUGAACAAUGAAUUCAGAUCAUAUCUAUCAUGUCAAGGAAUUAUUCACCAAACAACUUGUCCUGGAACUCCACCUCAGAAUGGUGUAGCAGAGUGAAAAAAUCGUCAUUUGUUGGAGGUAGCAAGAUCUCUCUUGUUUCAAAUGAAUGUGCCUAAAUAUUUGUGGAGUGAGGCAGUAAUGACAACCACAUAUCUCAUCAACCGAAUGCCCUCAAGAAUACUUGACAUGAAAUCACCUAUGGAGCUUUUGUUGGGAAAGAAUGACUUUCGAGUUCCACCCAAAGUCUUUGGCUGCGUUUGCUUUGUAAAAGAUCAUCGACCUACGGUGAGCAAGUUGGAUCCUCAAGCAGUCAAGUGCAUUUUUGUGGGUUAUGCGUCUACUCAGAAAGGAUACAAGUGUUGGGAUCCUAUUGGUAGGAGAUUGUUUGUGAGUAUGGAUGUGACAUUUCGAGAAGAAGAACCAUACUACACAAAGAAGGUUGAUUUAGAUCACAUCCUAGAAGAUUUCUCUUCGGUUCAUGGAAGGGACCGUAGAGAGGGAGAAGAUGACAGUGCCCAGGAUGAUUGUGGUCAAGGUAGUAGGGCUUCAAGAGGGGUAAUUGUUGGAGGUAUGAUUCCACCAGCAAUGGAGGAAGAGAUAACUACAGAGAUAUUGAGUAGUGGUGAAAGAAGUAGUGAUGAUCACAAGGAGACAAAGGACGAUGAAGUUGUGAUUGUUGGGUCAAUCCCAUGUUCUGCUGGAGGAAGAGUGAAUGAUAAACAGGGGGAGCAAGAGCAACCGAUAGUGUACUAUCGAAAGCGGACUAAGAAGCCCAGGGGGGCAACCACAACCUGAACAAGUUGAAGCUCCAAUCCCAUCUCCAGUCCUAGACUCCUCUCCAGUCUCAACUGGUAAUGUUUCUCCUCCUGAUGAACAUGUAAACUUACCCCUUGCACAAAGAAGAGAACCUAGAAUAAAUGCUGGAAAACCCCCUUCUCGUUAUUGUUAUGAACAUGACAUUGCUAAGUAUGUCUCAUACUCUAGU